AUGGAUAAUCAUACUCAUUCUGAGUUAGGAAAAAUUUGGAUUAUGUUCGAUAGCCUCAAAGUUGAUGUCCAGAAAGUUGACUCUAAUGACCAAAUGAUCCACUGUAAAGUGGAUAUGGAGGGUUUUAGUUUUUAUUGGACUGUUAUUUAUGGUUCUAACCAUCUGGUUGAUAGAAAGUGUUUGUGGCACAAGUUGAUUGACCUCUCUAGGAAAACUACUGGGGCCUGGUAUGUCCAAGGAGAUUUUAAUGCUGUCCUUACCAAUGAGGAUAGAUGUGGUGGAUGCCCCCUUGAUGAAGAUCAUUCCUAUGAGCUGAGUAAUUGUAUUUUUACUGCUGGUAUUUCAGAGCUUAAAAGUAUUGGUUGUCAUUUUACCUGGAAUAAUAAUCAGUUGGGGGAGAACAUAAUUUGGAGAAGGUUGGAUAGAGUUUUUGGCAAUGGAGAUGCUUGUGCAGCUUUUCAGAGAGUCUAUUUCGAAGCCUUAGCUUGUGGUGUUUCUGACCACAGUCCCUUUAUCACCAUCCUGCAGAAUGAUCAAGAGAGCGGCUUUAGAGGGUUUAAAUUCAAUAAUUUUUGGACUUUACACCCUGAGUUUAAUAAUAUUAUUGAUGAAGAGUGCAGGGUUGAGUACAGAGGUUUCAUGAUAAAUAGCAUUCUUAUUGAUGAGGAAAGAGCUAUGGCCAAUCAUUUCAGAUUCCUUCUUAGCUGUGAAGAGAGUUUUUAUAAGCAGAAAUCUAGAAUUCAGCGGCUUAACCUUGGAGACUCUAGCAGCAAGUUCUUCAACAAUUUAAUUAAAAUCAGGAGAAUGGUGAACUGUAUUCCCUCUCUUAAGUUGAAUGAUGGAAGAGUUAUAAGCUCUAAUAAAUAG